AUGAUUGCUCUCCGGAACCGGAAGGGGACAACCAUUACAUCGAGAAGGGAAAUGGAGAAAUAUAUCUAUCAUUUCUACUCUUAUCUUUUCGACAACCAUGUCCACUUGCCUCCUCACCAUCUGAGGGAAGACGAACAUGUCAUUUCAGAGGUUCUUCCGUUCGAAGUACGACAUGCUAUCAUGUCAGUAAGAAAUCGUAUGGCAUCCGGUCCCGACAGAAUAAGAUCUGAACACCUGAAGAAGCUUUCCCCGGUACUCAUCAACACUCUGGCGAGGCUCUUUGCACGUUAUCUGUCGGAAUGCAAGGUUCCUAAACAGUGGAAGACCAGCAAGACCGUAUUGUUGUAUAAAAAGGGAGAUCCGCAUGACAUCGGCAAUUAUCGCUCAAUCUGCUUACUGUCCGUCAUCUACAAGCUCUUUACAACAGUGAUCCUUAAUAGGAUUGAAAAAGUCUUGGAUGAAGGACAGCCAUGCGAGCAGGCAGGGUUUCGAAAAGGAUUCAGCACGAUUGACCACAUUCACACUGUUUUGAAACUCAUCAAGGUAUCACGAGAGUACAAGAUGCCGCUUUGUCUCACCUUCAAUUUGAAGAAGGCCUUCGACUCAGUGUAG